AUGCUCCCAUCUCUACCCUCCCUCCUCCCUUCCUUCCUCCCUCAAGACCCCUCCUUCCACCCCUUCUUCCUCCUCCCCAUCGACCCCGUCGACGUCCCAGACCCCUCCGCUUCUACCAGUGAUGACCGCUGCCUGUCGCCUUGCAGUGUGCUUCACCUCCCCCUCCUCCCUGAGGACGCUUCCUGGCCCGUCGAUGCCCCCGACUGUCUGUUCUGGCCCGACGACCCCUCCCUCGACUCCCUCGCGGCUCCCGUAGACGCGAGCUGGGGGUCGGAGACCGGCCGCUGGGACGCGGCGGCGCGGAGCAAGCACAGCUCGGCGUGCAGGGGCAGGAGCCGGCUGACCGCGCAGGAGAAGCUCGACAUCGUCUGCCUCUACUACUCCGCCCCGACCACGACCAAGCACCGACGGGCGAUACGACAGCAGGACCUGUCAAGGAUGUACGGGAAGAGCCGGCCAGCGAUCUGCAAGGUGCUGAGGCCGGAGUACGCGAGGGGGGUCAUGGCGACGGCUCGAGGGCUCGUGGUCAGGAGCCGCAACGAGAUCCUCGACAACAUCGCCAAGGAGGAGCGUCUCAAGGAGGAGCCCCCGCCGACCAGCACAGCUCUCAAGCUCCCUGGCUGA